CUCGGUGGGUCCCAUGGUGCAGAAACCCUGACGCGACCAUCCAAGGCGCUCCCACCCAUAGCUCCGCCUGCUCAUGGCCGCUGUCGAGUGAACCGAUCCGGCCCCCCCAUGCCUCCAUCGGAGAGCAUUCCCCACCAGAUCAGCUCGCCGUCCGGCACCCCCGUCCUCCUCCUCCUCCUCCGGUGGACCGCGCUGCCGUGGGCGCAGAGCCAAGGCCUCCGGUCGGAUCCGUCCUGCGGGUGAGGAACCCUGUCUUUCUUGGAGCUGAUUUUGCCCUGGUUCUUGCUCGCCGCUCAACGAUCUCUGCUCCAGAGCCUCGGUCGCGCUUUGAUUUCCGGCCCUUUUUUUUGGAGCUUUGAAGGGAAGGGGGCAAGGAAGUAGCCGGGGUGAGAAGGGGAAGCAGAGGAACCAAGUUUGAGCCAGUGAAGCUGAGGAAACUUGGGUCCAGCAUUCAAGACGAAUUGCCCCGUAACUGCUGGCAGUUCUUGUACUAUAAGUGCAUUUCUGAUCUUCCAGUACUGUACAGUGAUGGUGUUGCUGCAAUUGUACUAGUCAGUGAGGAGAAAGCUAAGAACCUUGGCCUUCAAGUUAUUGCAAGGACUAGAGGGCCACAAAAUGAUAAUAGAUUUCAUAGAUCUGAGCGAUCAUGAUAUUAUUGACUUGAGCAGCGAUGACGAGACUGUUCAAGACGAUCAGAUUGCAACUCAUCACCAGGCGACGUUGCUUGAUACUCAGACUAUGCUUGUCGUAGCUGGUGAAGGAAGCCAAGAUGAGCAGGUUGUGUUUGUUCCAGCUGGUGAAGGAAGGCAAGAGGUUGCUGAGUGCAGACAUGCUCUGGAAGCUACUACAUCGUUCUUGGUUACGGAAAAAGAACCUCUUGUUGCAGCUAGUGAAGAAAGCGAAGGUGUGCAGGCUGUGUUCGUAGCAGCCAGUGAAGGAAGCGAAGAUGUGCAAGCUGUAUUUGUGGCAACUGGUGAAGGAAGCCAAGAUGCGCAGUCUGUGCUUGUUGCAACUAGCGAAGGAAGGCAAGAGGCUGCUGAGUGCGGACAUGCUUUGGAAGCUACUACAUCGUUCUUGGUUACGGAAAAAGCACCUUUCGUUGCAGCUAGUGAAGGCAGCGAAGAUGUGCAGGCUGUGUUCGUUGCAGCGAGUGAAGGAAGUGAAGAUGAGAAGGCUGCAUUUGUUGCAGCUAGUGAAGGAAGCCAAGAUGUGCAGGCUGUGCUUGUUGCAGCGAGUGAAGGAAGGCAAGAGGCUGCUGACUCUGGAAAUGCUUUGGAAGCUACAACGUCGUCUUUGGUUACUGGAAAAGCACCUCUUGAUAUGGCUAAAUCACAAAACCGUUUUCGCUCUCCAACAUCAGUGUCAUUCCCCGGUCUGACUUCUACCACUCUGAAGGCUCUCACCUCUGAAGUUGAAAAUGCAAAGCUGGUGAGAAGGAAGGUGAAACAUCCCAGGAAGAACUACCAUACCGGCACUCCUAGGAUAAGUCCUAGGUUUGAACUGAAGCCUGAAUGUUCUAACGGGCCUGUGGAAGAGCUUCUUGCCGAGGCACUGUCCUUUGAAGGUGGCGAUGCGGAGCUGGUGAGAGUGAAGGUGCAAUAUCCUGGGAAGGACUACCAUACUAGCACUCCUACAACAAGUCCUACGUUUGAACUGGACUGUGAAUGUCAUAACGGGCCUGUGGAAGACCUGCCAGCCGACGCUUUAACCUCUGAAGAUGGCGAUGCAAAGCUGGUGAAAGGGAAGGUGAAGCAUCCUAGGAUGAACUACCAUACCAUCACUCCGAGGACAAGUCCUAGGUUUGAACCGAAGCCUGAAUGUCGUAACGGGCCUCUGGAAGAGCUGUCUGUCGAGGCUCUGACCCCUGAAGAUAGCGAUGCAAAGCUGGUGAGGGAGAAGGUGAAGCAUCCUAGGAUGAAGUACUAUACAGGCACUCCUAGGACAAGUCCUAGGUUUGUACCGAAGCUUGAUUGUCAUAACAGGCAUGUGGAAAUGCUGCCAGCCGAGGCUCUGACCUCUGAAGGUGGCAAUGAAGAACUCAUGAGAGGGAAGGUCAAACAUCCUAAGAAGAAAUACCAUGCUGGCACUCCUAGGACAAGUCCUAGGUUUGUACCGAAGCUUGAAUGUCAUAACGGGCAUGUGGAAGAGCUGCCAACCGAGGCUCUGUCCUCUGAAGGUGCCAAUGCAGAGCUGGUGAGAGGGAAUGGGAAAUAUCAUAGGAAGAAAUAUCAUACUGGCACUCCUAGGACAAGCCCUAGGUUUGAGCAGAAGCUUGAUUGUCGUAACGGGCCUGUGGAAGAGCUGCCAGCUGACGCUCUAACCUCUAAAGAUGGCGACGCAAAGCUGGUGAAAGGAAAGGUGAAGCAUCCUAGGAUGAACUACCAUACCAGCACUCCCAGGACAAGUCCUAGGUUUGGACCGAAGCCUGAAUGUCGUAACGGGCCUGUGGAAGAGGUGCCAGCCGAGGCUCUGAUCCCUGAAGAUGGCGAUGCAAAUCUGGUGAGAGAGAAGGUGAAGCAUCCUAGGAUGAAGUACCAUACAGGCACUCCAAGGACAAGUCCUAGGUUUGUACCGAAGCUUGAAUGUCAUAACGGGCAUGUGCAAGAGCUGCCCGCUGAGCCUCUGACCUCUGAAGGUGGCAAUGAAGAACUGGUGAGAGGGAAGGGGAAACAUCCUAGGAAGAAACACCAUACCGGCACUCCUAGGACAAGUCCUAGGUUUGUACCGAAGCUUGAAUGUCAUAACGGGCAUGUGGAAGAGCUGCCAAGCUCUGACCUCUGAAGGUGCCGAUGCAAAGCUGGUGAGAGGGAAGGUCAAACAUCCUAGGAAGAAAUAUCAUACUGGCACUCCUAGGACAAGUCCUAGGUUUGAGCAGAAGCUUGAUUGUCGUAACGGGCAUGUGGAAGAGCUGCCCGCGAAGGCUCUGACCUCUGAAGGUGAUGAUGCAGAGCUGGUGAGAGGGGAGGCGAAACAUCCUAGGAAGGACUACCAUACUGGCACUCCUAGGACAAGUCCUAGGUUUGUACCAAAGCUCUGACCUCUGAAGGUGAUGAUGCAGAGCUGGUGAGAGGGGAGGCGAAACAUCCUAGGAAGGACUACCAUACUGGCACUCCUAGGACAAGUCCUAGGUUUGUACCAAAGCUCUGACCUCUGAAGGUGAUGAUGCAGAGCUGGUGAGAGGGGAGGCGAAACAUCCUAGGAAGGACUACCAUACUGGCACUCCUAGGACAAGUCCUAGGUUUGUACCAAAGCUCUGACCUCUGAAGGUGAUGAUGCAGAGCUGGUGAGAGGGGAGGCGAAACAUCCUAGGAAGGACUACCAUACUGGCACUCCUAGGACAAGUCCUAGGUUUGUACCAAAGCGUGAACGUCCCAACGAGCCUGUGGUAGAACUGGCAGCCGAUCACAAGAGGUUCCGCAUGCUACACGAAUUAAUUGCCUCUCGUGACAAUGCAGAAUCUGCGAAUACCCCAUGUACCGACUCUGCAAACCAAGGUAGUUGACUGAAUAUGAUCUCCAUGAAACUUUCAAAAUGUUGUUGCUCUAGAUUGUCUCAUGCAUUUUUAGGGUACCACCAUGGUUGCAUUUGUAGUGUGGUCGGAGCUCACUUUGCCCCAUGUAUCUCAGAAUUCUAUUCCCAUGACCGCGAAUCCGUCUUGAUUGUAACUUGUGGCUGACUGUUGACUGCAGUUCUCUCGAUGUUCACUUGCAUAUUCUGCUAUAUAAUGCCUGGCAAGCUGCUGCUUCCAGUUAAAUAGAUUGAAAUUUGUGAAAGCAA